AUGUAUACAUUUAUAUACCCACUCGCCACACCGCGUGAGUGAGUCUCCUUCUUCUAGUGUUUCUCAAGAAUUCAGUAUCCCCCCGAAAACCAAAAAAAUCUAUAUAUCUGAAAUUCGCAUUCCUUUUCUCUUCCGGAAACAACACCAUAAAACAAUCCAAAAGUUGACUUAAAAAAAAAAAUCAAUGUUUGUACAUGUGUUAUACAACAGCACCAGUUGGUAAACUCACUCAUUGUCAGAAAACCAGCUCGUGGAAGCCAGAGAAGGUUUUCAAUGGCUCAAGAUACUUAUAAUGCUGAAUCACAAGAGAAAAAACCAGGUCUCUUGAAAGAUCAAGUCCGGUUAGUUAAGAAAAAGGACUCCAAUCGACAUGAGAUAGUUCCAAUCCCAGAUCUUUUGUCAUUUGAGAAGGGUUUCUUUAUUGUUAUUCAUGCAUGUCAAUUGUUAACCCAGAAGAAUGAUGGAAUUAUACUGGUCGGCUUAGCUGGCCCUUCUGGGGCUGGAAAGACUGUUUUUACAGAGAAGAUUCUCAACUUCAUGCCUAGCAUUGCUGUGAUAUCUAUGGACAACUAUAAUGAUGCUAGUCGACUUGUUGAUAGAAAUUUUGACGAUCCACGCUUGACUGACUAUGAUACACUGCUUGAGAACGUCCGGGACUUAAAGGCAGGAAAGCCAGUCCAAGUUCCAAUUUAUGAUUUCAAGUCUAGCUCUCGCACAGGAUACAGGACCAUUGAAGCCCCAAGCUCCCGUAUUGUUAUUAUUGAGGGCAUCUAUGCUCUGAGUGAAAGGUUGCGACCUUUACUGGAUCUUCGUGUAUCUGUUACUGGGGGAGUUCAUUUUGACCUUGUCAAACGAGUUUUACGAGACAUACAACGUGCUGGCCAAGAACCAGAAGAAAUAAUCCAUCAAAUAUCUGAAACGGUGUUUCCAAUGUACAAGGCCUAUAUCGAGCCAGAUCUCCAAACAGCUCAUUUGAAAAUCAUAAACAAGUUCAAUCCUUUCACUGGAUUCCAGAGUCCCACAUAUAUAUUAAAGUCAGCAAGGAAAUUGUCAGUGGAUCAAAUUAAGUCUGUUGUUAGUGAAGAACAUAUAGAAACAGAAGAGCAAACUUAUGAUAUAUAUCUACUACCUCCUGGUGAAGAUCCAGAAUCUUGCAAAUCAUAUUUGAGGAUGCAGAACAAAGAUGGAAAAUACAGUCUCAUGUUUGAGGAAUGGGUGACAGAUAUUCCAUUUGUCAUAUCACCUCGAAUUACUUUUGAAGUCAGUGUGCGUCUUCUUGGUGGGCUUAUGGCCUUGGGAUACACAAUGGCAACAAUCCUUAAAAGAAGCAGCCAUGUGUUCUCUGACAGUAGGGGAGUGUGUGUGAAAAUCGAUUGGCUAGAGCAACUUAAUCGCCAAUAUAUUCAGGUGCAAGGAAAAGAUCAGUUAAUUGUAAAAUAUGUUGCAGAGCAGCUGGGUUUAGAAGGCUCAUACAUUCCUCGCACCUAUAUAGAACAAAUUCAACUAGAAAAGCUUGUAAAUGAAGUUAUGGCCUUGCCAGAAGAUUUAAAGUCGAAGCUGAGCCUAGAUGAGGAUCAUGUAUCAACCCCUAAAGAAGCUCUUUCACGGGCCUCUGCUGAUCAGAUUGCCAUGAGAAAUAUGAAUCUCCAAAGUGGCAUGUCACAGUCUUAUUCAACACAAAGGGACAAGGCUCUGUCCAAGUUAAUGAGCUUGUCUAUGAAUAAACAGAGGUAUGAUGAUAGAAGUGUGGAGCCACAGACAACACUAGCAAAUCAGAUAGUUAUCACCCAACUUUCAGAACAGAUAUCCUCGCUAAAUGACAGAAUGGAUGAGUUUGCAACUCGUAUUGAGGAGCUGAAUGCGAAUUUAACAAUCAAGAGAAAUUCCACCAGCCAACAAAAUAUGGCUUUCCAAACUGAAGUGUGCAAUGGCUCUGCUUCCACAAAUUACUUCAUUUCUGGCUUAGGAAGUGGUUCCUCGACGGGAUCUAGAUUGCCUAAUUCCUCAUCUUCCUCCCAGUUGGCUAAUGAAUCACCUUUAAUGGAAGAGAUAUCCAGUAUUGCACGGGGACAACGACAAGUCAUGCAUCAGUUGGAUAGUCUUAGCAAUCUUCUUCGUGGGAGCCUGGGGGAGAGAUCUCGCCAAGUAAGAAAAACCCAGGGAAGCAUAACUGCUGAUGUUGAACCCAUUAAAGUUCCUCUUAUUUUAAGCUUGGCAAUUGGUGGUUUAGGAAUCUUCUUGUUUAAGAGCUAUCUAACCAGAAAUUGACUGAGUAGUGAAUAUUAGUUCACCUUUUUUUAGUAUUUCUUUUUCUUCCGAGUUGAAAAUGGUUUGAAUGCCACCCUUCAGCACGGGAAGACAGUCAAACUGAUUGACCUUCUGUUUUUAGGGUAGAGGGUACUUGAAGUAGCAAAGAGCAGUUUUCAAGGUCUCUUUGAGUUCUUCAAAGAAGGGAUGCUUAAGCAAUUUUUGUGACUCAUUUGGCUUGUUACAACCUUUAAGAGAUGAAUGAAUACCAAAAUUGGCAUCUAAGUUACAAAUUUUCA